UCAGAUUUUGUAUUUUUUUCACUACUUCUUAGUCUUUUUUUUUUUUUUUCUUGUGUAAUAUUUUGGGAGAAAAUGACCCUUGCCCUCUUGACUUCCGUCAUGUGUUUCCGGUUGUUUUGAUUUUCCCGCCGUACGGGCUUUCUGUCAUCCGUUCCGGGCUGUUAUAUUUCUGUUCCUAAUGUGGUUUAAUUAAUACGUUUAAUCAAUAUGAGUUCUUCAAACAGCUACAUUAGCUCUUUGGAGCCUAAUGACCGAACCAGGUAUUUUGAGAAAUUAAUGGUAAGUGUCGAAGACGCCGGCGAUAGUUCAAACCCGGAAGUGACUGGUUCGGCGGUGACUGGUGACGGUGUACGCCCACCUGACCCAUACAGUCUGACAGGUUGGAAGGAUGAUUUGAGCCUCUGGCCAGAUACGGACUAUGGGUGCAUCUACACCUACCUAAUCGAGGCUCCAGGUCCGUUUAACGGAGAAGCCAUGAAAGCCUAUAAAUCCCUGGAGGCGUACAAUCUCUUUAUAAGUGGCCAUGUGAGGGAGUGCAGGUACCACCCUAUUGGAAAAAAUGUGAAGGUCUGCUUCCUUAAGGCCAAGGUUGUGCCAGGACAGAGAGUAACAGAGACUCCUCACAACCCAUGGGUGUGUUUGACCAAAAAAGAGGGUUAUGUCAUGGCAGCUCACUGCACUUGUAUGGCAGGGGAGGAGCGACCAUGCAGUUUGUAAUUUGGAGUUAUCAACAGUUCCUGAGAGUGAGUAUACUAACACAUAUCAUCAUGUAGAUGUAGAUAAUGCUAAAAGAAAUGUGUAUAUAGUAGAAAUAUUCAAAUAUCACAGAGACUUCCAUAAUGAGAAGAUAAGGCAAAUCUUUCAUUGUACUGUGAAGCUGGCCAACUUAUCCGUUCCUUUUACCAUUAACUCUAAAAUUGCUCCUGACUAUAGUACCUAUAAUGUAUACUCAUUUUUUGUUAUAUUUCAAUGUAGA